UCCCUCCCCUCUGGCCAGACCUGCAGCCUGCACUGUGCCUGGGGCAAUCUCGAGUUUGUGGUGCAGAAGCUGGGCAAGAACCUGACUCACCGAAGGAGAAUCUGGUGAAAGAGGACUGGAGCACAGCGAGGGGACAUGAGCAUUUCCUCGGAGCACAAGCCCCUCGGGAAACAGGUCACUGGCAGCCUGCCUACGUUGCCACCAAUUGUGGAGCUGAAUGUCGGCGGGGAGAUGUAUACGACGACGCUGAGCACCUUGAAGAAACACCCUGGCUCCAAGCUGGCAGAGAUGUUCACCGGCCAGCACAAACUCAGGACAGACUCAAAAGGGAGGAUCUUCAUUGACAGGCCAGGGACCUACUUCAAAUACAUCUUGGAGUAUCUGCGCAGUAACAAGGUGCCCACCCAGUGCAUCCAGGAUGUCUACAAGGAGGCUUUGUUCUAUGACAUCGAACCGUUAAUCAAGCAGCUGGAGGACUCCCCUCAGAUUUUUGGGGAACGUGUGGCAAGGAAGCAGUUCCUGGCCCGUGUACCCAACUACAGUGAGAACAUUGAACUGAUGAUCCGCAUCGCGCGGGCCGAAGCGGUCGCGUCCCGCUACUCCAGAGUCAUCAUAUGUGUUGUCAGAACGGAGGAAGACGCAGCCAGGUGUCAGGAUGCCUUGAACAGCUUGGACAUGGAUAAAAAAUCUGUGGUGAAAUUUGGCCCCUGGAAGGCAGCUCCCAGUAUUUAUGAUCUACUGGAUUGCAUUCAAAUGGACGUGAAAGACAAAGGGUACACAAUCUCCUUACAGGCUCACGUUGCUGAAAAAGGAUUUCGCUUCAAAUCCCAGGAUUUCUUCCACAUAAUCCAGUUCACCUGGUGGUAGCAAAGCACCUUUCUUGAUGUAGAAUGGAUGAAUCCAAUCAUUAAAACAAAUGAACUUGGGCUGUGGAGACUAAGGCCUGGACUACUGGGGGGACAGGAAGAAAUGCGUGGGCCCAUAGAAAUCUCAUUUGGUUGUUUGCCAAAUUAAAGAACAUUUGAGAGCCA